AGCAAACGGCUCCUGUUCGACGUCGGCCGAGAUAGAGACUCGGACCCAGCACAGUCCAUCCGUCAGUGGGAGGGGGACUACGAGGGCCAUUGCAAUCGGGCAGCGGGAAACAGGGAGGCGCUUGGAACCAGAACCAUGUCGCCCUCAUCAAGGGUGUAUCGGAGGGCCGGAGAGCUUCUCUUCGUCAAUACGACGGCCCCCAAACGAAUAACACCACUUUUCGGCACUCCGGGGUUUCUAGUGCAGUCGGCUUGUCCUUUUACCACAUCUCAGAUUCGAAGGGUCGGCUUGAACAAGCAGGCCUUGGAAGCUUCCACUCCCCGGGUCUCUACACACGAGUCUCCGAGUGUUUCGUCGUCGAAACGGACGCGGGAGUUAACCAGCGACGUCGGGUUCGAGUCCCUUCAAGUGGUCCUACCUGGGACCUUCAUCCUGCCCCCUCUAUCAGGCUUCCCCAAGCCUCUCGGGCAAAAGCUCAGGUUCUUGUGGUACUGGCUUCUUACCAAGGGCCAGGAGGUGGUGACAAACGCCGCCGUCAAGUUCACGUCGAAACCGUCCUUCUUCACGCGGGCUGCCAUGCAGGCUAAACGGUCGACCCUCGUCCCCACUGCCAAGGCACUACACCGAGCCAUGGCGGAGGCGCUGGCCUCGGGAGACCGAGACACCAUCAACAGGAUCUGCACGAAGAAGCUAGCGAGCACCUUGAUCGCGAGUAUCGACGGCCGACCGAGAGGCCGCCGCUACGGCUGGGAACUGGUGGCGUACACCAACAGGCUGUUCUACCCGUCUGUAAAGUCGCACAGGAUCACGGCCACUUCUCGCGACAAGUAUUCGCCGAUCCUGCGGCAGGCCGUGGUCGCCAUAUCCAGCCGGCAGCGCCGGGUCGAGUACGAUGCGCGGGGCCAGGUCGUUCCGGGGAGCGAGAAGGAGAUUGUGGCGGUGGAGAACGUGGCACUGGCGUGUACCUACGAUCCCAGGACGUGGACGCAGAGCGAGUGGCGGCUCAUCGGCACCAUCCAGCCCACCUCGCUGGAGGCAUGGAAGCAUGAGGCGGAGGUUCUGAAACGGAUGAUGCUGCAGCUCAGGUGAUGCACGCAAAGCGCGAGGGCGGAUGGAAGUGUGUGAGCGGCACCUUUCCCGCUGUCCGGGUGCACUUGUAUGACGGAUGAAGUGAUGCAACGAGACGAGUCCGGUGCGUUGGCGAGAGCGCAGUUACCCUGUGUAAAAAAAGUCUACUGAAUGUAAUAUACAAAAAUUCUACGGUUUCUAACCCCCUUUGGACUCUGAGUCGAUGCAGGGCGUGUGGCAGCCUUCUCUAGAGGCCCGGACUUGACGAACCGGCAUCAUGUGCGGGGGUAACAUGCAGAGUGCGAGACAGAGCAGCUCUAGCUCCAAUGAUAUGGGCCUUGGGACAA